UCCCCGACCGCCGUACGGGCAACAGUGUCUCAGGAGAAAGAGAGAGAGGUUUAUUUUGCGAAGUGUGGUUUGAGUGGACGUAAUGUUGCUGGCUGCGCACUCCGUUUUGUUGGUGGUGGUUUUGGGCGCGUGGGUGGUGGAGGCGUUCCCAGGCGGCGCACCCAUAGAGGCGUGUAUUCUUGAGAAUCCAAACCGUCCCAACCACCCAGGGACCAGCCCACAACCACCCUCCACCUUGAAACACAUCUUCACCGCCUCUGAUGCUUACUACUCUCCAGGCAGUACUAUACAAGUGUACAUCGAGGGCCCACCCUUCAAGGGGUUCUUCAUCCAAGGCCGCGACGCACACACUAACGAGUGGAUCGGAGAAUUCGACAAGAGUGACGACACUGAGAGUCACCCAGAGUGCUCCGCUGUGACACACGGGAACCCGAGACCCAAGUCCCGGGUCAUCCUCACCUGGAGAGCUCCACUCGACCGCUCAGGAACUGUUACCUUCACGGGGACUAUCUUGAAUAGUUACAGCGUGUACUGGUCUGACCUGAUAGCCAAUGUGGUACCCAGAUCAACUGUGCCCAGGUUGGGUUAAACUGUCAGCCCACAACUACAACCUGACUCUCUCCAGCGUCCAGCACACUCAACCCCAACUUCCAACCCACUCUAAGAUUCCAUCAACCUCGUCUCCACCCACUACCCAUUCCUCGUUCCUAUUGUUUGCAGUUAUCUUCGCCAAAAGGAGAAUUUUCGCCACUAUUGUUUAGUUAUCUUUAUAAAAAGUAUCGCUUUUGUCCCUGUUGUUUGCAGUUAUCUUAGCAAAAGUAUUUUUUUUUUUGUCCCUGUUUACAGUUACCUUUGUAAAAGAAAUUCUUUUACACAUUUUUCCUCGCAGUGAAUAUCAGCUGACAAUGUCCUUGUCAGUUCUGAUUGUUAGAUAAUAUUAUGAUGUCAUUUGGAUGUAUUGCAUAUUUCUGCAGCCAUGUCAGAGCAGUACAGUACAGGUACUACUGAGGUGAUCUAGGGAGACUCCUGCUUCAGUACAAGUACUACUGAGGUGAUCUAGGGAGACUCCUGCUUCAGUACAAGUACUACUGAGGUGAUCUAGGGAGACUCCUGCUGAAGUACAAGUACAACUGAGGUGAUCUAGGGAGACUCCUGCUUCAGUACAAGUACUACUGAGGUGAUCUAGGGAGACUCCUGCUGAAGUACAAGUACUACUGAGGUGAUCUAGGGAGACUCCUGCUGAAGUACAGGUACUACUGAGGUGAUCUAGGGAGACUCCUGCUUCAGUACAAGUACUAGUGAGGUGAUCUAGGGAGACUCCUGCUUCAGUACAAGUACUACUGAGGUGAUCUAGGGAGACUCCUGCUGAAGUACAAGUACUACUGAGGUGAUCUAGGGAGACUCCUGCUGAAGUACAGGUACUACUGAGGUGAUCUAGGGAGACUCCUGCUGAAGUACAAGUACUACUGAGGUGAUCUAGGGAGACUCCUGCUGAAAGACAGGAAGUAACAUGAUCUCUGCCAUAGCUGCAAGAGAUAAAGCUAAUGACUCACAGAACGGGCAGGAUUUAAACUAGGUAUAUUUUUGUACACUAGAGAGCUUGUCAUGGACCCCACUGUAACCAUAAAAAUUAAUGUAGUGGUUAGAGCACUGGGCUGCUUAUUGUAGGGCCGACUUGUCAAUGGGUUUCAGUCCUGCCUGUUCAGUCACAUUAUUACGAUUUCGAUAUUCAUUAAUAAUAUCUUUGAAGGAGCUCUAUUUAGAUCUUGCAACAGCCAUACCAGUGUGAGAUUCGUCUGUAAAAGCCUGCAUUUGCACCCAUAGUGGGGCCCAGUCUAGCCUUCCUAGUACAUAUAGAGAAAUAUAAGUGGUUGGGUGAGUCGUAAUAGGCUAGCAUGGUAUAGUAGUUAAAGCAUUGGCCUGAUAGUUUUAGUACUGGCUUGCCAUGGGUUUAAAUCCUCUCCGUUCCGUGGGGUGUUCAUGUGUGUGUUGAGUGUGUGUACACCUCUCAUACCUGUGAGUGUGAAAAGUACACACAUGUAAACUUCAGGAUGCUAUCUUGUAUACUACGUUAGGUAAACCAGGAACUUGACCAAGGAUUAAGUGCAUAACUGGGCCAAGUUAUGAUAUAUACACUGGACCGGUGAGGUGCAGGGAUCAACAGAGACUAGCUGAAGAUAUAAUAUAUAUAUAGAUCUAAUAGAUAUAAUCAUAACUAUAUUUUUAAAUGGAUGGAGGUGUAAGCCAGCGUAAGGCUUCGGUCAGAUGACCAAAAGCUCCAGUUGUGGGUCAUAUGACUAAGACCUGCGUCAGGAAACACUUGUCCUGUUUCCCAACAAGUGUUACUAAACUUAGCUAAUUCUAAGACAGUUACCCAAAACAUCGACAGUUUGGACCUGUCAGAAGCGUUCUUAACAACUGUUCGUAGCCCCAAUUACUGUCGGCCAAUAACUGUCAACCAAUAUCUGUCAAGUAGUAACUGUCAACUAAUAACUGUCAACCAAUAUCUGUCAAGUAGUAACUGUCAACUAAUAACUGUCAACCAAUAUCUGUCAAGUAGUAACUGUCAACUAAUAACUGUCAACCAAUAUCUGUCAAGUAGUAACUGUCAACUAAUAACUGUCAACCAAUAUCUGUCAAGUAGUAACUGUCAACUAAUAACUGUCAACCAAUAUCUGUCAAGUAGUAACUGUCAACUAAUAAAGUCAACCAAUAUCUGUCAAGUAGUAACUGUCAAAUAAUAACUGUCAACCAAUAUCUGUCAAGUAGUAACUGUCAACUAAUAACUGUCAACCAAUAUCUGUCAAGUAGUAACUGUCAACUAAUAACUGUCAACCAAUAAC